AUGGCGCCGCGCCGGUCGCGCCGCGUGCCCGCGGCCGUGCUCCGCCCGCGCCACAGGCCGGCGGCGGCGGAGGAGCGCGGCAUGGAGGAGCCGCGGGGGCGCCGGACGAGCAGUGGGGGCGGGAACGCCGGCGCGCGCGCUCAGUUUGGAAACUCCGAAACCCGGCGGGAUCCCGAUAUUUUCCCCGGGCUGGAGACCCACGCGGAAUUCCUCCACGGGCUGCAUUUCCCUUGCGUUUGGAAGCCCAUCGAGCGGGGGAGCUCCACCCGACCCCUGCGAUUUCCCCGGAGCCGCUCCUCCCCUAUCCUUGGGUCCGGGCGUCUCUUCCCCGAGGCGACGCAGAGCGCCGCUCCUCACCUCGCUCGUCUUCUCGCCCCGUCGUUGCGGAUCUCCCCUUCCGCCGUCACCUCGGCUACCACCUCCGCGGCGUGUCCUCGUCGCCUCGGCUGCGACGGCCUCCACCCGACUCUCUGCAGAGCCUGCGCCUGCGCAAAUUGGAAGGGUGGCCUUCGUCAAGGCGCCAUCGCCAUCGUCAAGGCUGCACCAAUGGCUGCAAUAUGUAGGAUUUGGCAGAAGCAACACAUGAUCAGAGAAAAGUGAAGUGGCCUUCAUCAUUAGCAUCUGAGAAAUGUUCAUGAUCUUAGCUAGAUUUUGUUGCUCCUGUCUGACAAUUUUUAUAUACAUGCUCUUACAGUUUGUCCAUUUUUUAUGCUACUGGCAUCUAUGUAAUAUAUUGGUGUGUGAGCUGGAGGACUAUAAUUUAAAUAUUGGUGCAGAUUUUAGCUUUCAGUAGGCAGAUUACUUGUUUAUUUGGAGGUUCAGAAUAUUAGUCAUGUGCAAUUUACAGCUUACAAUGAGAAGCUUAUAAUCAAUAGUAAUAUUAGGUA